AUGCCACAAAUGAACGGUCCAUGGUUUGACCACGUCUUGGAGUGGCGGGAGGCGGCCAACGCGGAUCCCGAGCACAUCAUGUUCUUGCACUACGAGGCCAUGCUGGCAGAGCCACAGGAGCACAUCCGGAAGAUCGCAGAGUUCGCUGGCAUCAAUUACACGCCGGAUAUCCUUGCUAAGGCGGACGCGGCUUCGUCUUUGUCGGCCAUGAAGCGAAACCCUAAGACGAACUUGUACCCCUCGAAGAAGCACCUGCGGAAGGGAGGAGCAGGGGGGUGGCGGGACUCAUUCACGGUGCGGGAGUCGGCGGCGUUUGACGAGGUCUAUAGGGAGCAGAUGGAAGGAUCCGGUCUUCGAAUGGACUUUGGGGAGGGAUUGGUCAUGUGA